AUGGCCAUGGUUUCAAAAAUGCCUAUAUUUCUUUGUCUCCUUUUCAUACUCAUAUUCAUAUCUCAAACCAACGCCCAGCCAAAAUUCCUAUACUAUUUUUGUAUCGAUGACAAUGGUAAUUACACUGCUAACAGUACUUACCAGAACAACCUGAACACCCUUUUGUCCAACUUUUCUUCCAACACACAGAUUGACUAUGGUUUCUACAAUUUUUCUUAUGGCCAUGACAGUGACAAAGUAAACGCAAUUGGGUUGUGCAGAGGAGAUGUUAAGCCAAAUGAUUGCCGUAGCUGCUUCAAUGAUUCCAAAGUUCUUCUCACAAAACUGUGUCCAAAUCAGAAGGAGGCAAUUGGGUGGUAUGACAAUUGCAUGCUACGUUACUCCAACCGCUCAAUAUUUAACAGAAAUGAAAAUUCUCCUGGUUUCUAUAUGAGAAAUAAUGGUAAUGCAACAGAUGUUAAUCAAUUCAACCAAGUGCUGAGAGACCUGCUAGGUAGCCUCAUAAGCAAAGCUUCAUCAGGGGACUCCAAGCGUAAGUUUGCUGCAGCAAAUAUGACAGGACCAGGGUUUCAAACUAUAUAUGGUCUUGUUCAGUGUACACCUGACUUGUCUGAGCAACAAUGCAGUUCAUGCUUGGUUGGGGCUAUGUCAGAAAUUCCACAAUGUUGUGAUAGCAAGAAAGGUGGUAGAAUUGGAAGACCCAGUUGUAACUUCAGAUACGAGAUAUACCCUUUCUAUGAUCUCACCAAUGUUGAAAUACUACAAGCACCAGCACCAACAGUGUUUGCUCUUAGUCCUUCAUCAACAGAUGCCUUGUCAACCAAAGGGAAAAGCAAGACAUCACGUAAUGUAAUAUUAAUAGUGGUGUCAAUCGUUGCCUUUGUCACACUAGUCGUCCUUGUCUGCAUCUAUUUAAGAAAGAGGAGAUCAUGGAAACAUAUUGGAGAUGAUGGUAAAAAUGGUGGCGAAAUUAGAUCAACUGAGACAUUGCAAUUGGACUUUGCCACCAUUAUGGCAGCUACCAACAACUUUUCUGAUGCAUGGAAGCUAGGACAAGGAGGAUUUGGAUCAGUUUACAAGGGUAUGCUUUCCAAUGGUCAGGAAGUUGCAGUGAAAAGGUUAUCCAGGAAUUCCAUUCAAGGAGACAUAGAGUUUAAGAAUGAAGUGCUGUUAGUAGCCAAGCUUCAACACCGAAAUUUGGUUAAGCUACUAGGAUUUUGUUUGGAAAGAAGAGAAAGGGUACUGGUCUAUGAAUUUGUUCCCAAUAAAAGCUUAGAUUUCUUCAUUUUUGAUCAAACCAAAUGUGCUCAAUUGGAUUGGGAAAGGAGGUACAAAAUCAUAGGUGGCAUUGCUAGAGGCCUUCUUUACCUUCAUGAAGAUUCACGUUUGAGGAUUAUUCACCGUGAUCUGAAGGCAAGCAACAUUCUAUUGGAUGCAGAGAUGAACCCUAAGAUAUCAGAUUUUGGCAUGGCAAGAUUAUUUGAAAUGGAUCAAACUCAGGGCAAUACAAAUAGAAUUGUCGGAACCUAUGGAUAUAUGGCACCUGAGUAUGCUAUUCAUGGACUAUUCUCAGCAAAGUCUGAUGUUUUUAGUUUUGGAGUAUUGGUUCUGGAGAUUGUUAGUGGCAUGGAGAAAUUGGAGGGAAGGGACAGCCUCAAGCAUUGUUGA